AUGGCCAAAUCAGUCAUUCUCCAGAGCUGGCUCACCAAACCUACCAAAGAGACACCGUAUACCGCACCUGCCGCAAGACAAACGCUGGAGACGUCUGAACCGGCACCGAAGAAGAGGGCACCCACGAAGACUGCAUCAAAACCGACAAGAAAGUCAAGCAAAUUGACAUCGGCCAACGACGCAAAGAAAAUAUACAAAUCAGCCGUCGAAACCAUCAAAAAGAAGUCCACGGCUCUAGAUAAGAGAGUCAAAGCGGCAGGACCCAACUCAAGAGCAGUCACCUCUGACACUUACGCGCAAGCAAUGGAGAAAUUCAUCAAAGAUGUUCGGAAACUGAUGGAUAUGGGUGAAGAAGGCGUCAUUAUGGCAUUCAACCUGUUGCUGGAAAUGGGACAGCAUUCACGUGGAGAUUUCCACAUGAGCAUGAAGAUGUGUGGGUUUGGUGAAAGUGGAGACUCAUAUCAGAUGAUGGAUGAGUGUAUGCUGGAGGUUAUUGAAAAAAGGAAAGAGUUUGGUCUUGGUAGCCUUGAUAAAGAAAGUUUCAAGAUCUCCAAGGUGUGGGAGGAGAAAUAUGCUAUGGAUUAUGUGGGGGAGUUUAAGACUGGGAGGCCUAAUAAGCAGCAGAGAGGGCAGUUGGAGCGGCAUAGGGCGGAGUAG